AUGGUCAGUAGUAGGGGCAUUGAGAUUGAUCCGUCCAAGGUGAAAGCCAUAUGCGAGCCGCGACCCCCGUCUUCCGUGAAGGAAGUUCGCGGUUCUUUGGGGAGAUUGAACUAUGUGGCAAGAUUCAUAUCCCAGCUAUCAGAGAGCGCCAGGCCAUUUUUCAAGCUUCUCAAGAAGAAUGCAAAGAUUGUAUGGGAUAUUGAAUGUCGGACCGCUUUCCUGAAAAUUCAGCAUUAUCCGACCCAUUCCCCUGUUCCGGUUCCGCCUGUUCCUGGUGUACCUUUAAUCCUUUAUCCGACCAUCCACAAGGAGUCCUUGGGAGCUGUAUUGGUGCGUAAAAGACCAUCGGAUGGAAAAGAAUGCGCAAUAUACUAUCUUAGCAAGAAAUUCUCCGAUUCUAAAACCAAUUACUCGGAGGUCGAGAAGACUUGUGUAGCUUUAGUUUGGGUAUUACAUGGGCUGCGGCAGUAUACCCUUCACCAUCAGAUUAUGUUAACCACCGAAUGUGAUCCCAUCAACUAUUUGCUAGAAAAACCGGCGUUGGUUGGAAAAUUGGCCAAGUGGCAAAUUCUUAUUUCCGAGUUCGAUGUGCAGACCAUGACACAGAAGUCGGUGAAAGUUCGAGCAAUAGCAGACAUGUUAGCAGAGAAUGCUGCGGGACCGCAGGCGGGAGAUGAGAUAGACCCUCUUGAUGACCGUGUUUUAUUGGUCACUGCAGAAAGGUGGAUCAUGUACUUCGACGGAGCCGUUAACUUAUCCGGAUCCGGCACAGGGGCGGUCCUUAUCUCCCCGGAUGGCCAGCACUAUCCAAUAGCUGCCAAGUUAUUGUUUCCGUGCACCAAUAACAUCGCUGAAUACGAGGCCCGCAUUCUCGGGUUGCAGGCUGCCAUGGAGAUGGAAAUCCGAAGACCGGAGGUUUAUGGCGACUCUGCUCUCAUUAUCCUUCGGACGGAAGGCAAGUGGAAAACUCGUGACCCGAAGUUAAUCCCAUAUCACGAGUUUCUGGAAGAUAUAAUCGAAGAGUUCGAUGAGAUAGCGUUCGAGUAUCUUCCCAGAGCCCUGAACCGGUUCGCAGACGCGUUGGCCACCUUAUCCUCAAUGUUCCAAGUGACUGCAGGUUCGGACAUCGAGCCAUUGAGAAUCGAAAUCUUGAAGCAUUCUGCUUAUUCCAUGCUAAUAGAAGAAGAGGCAGAUGGAGAACCAUGGUAUCAAGAUAUUAAGGUCUACCUGCAGACUAGAAAAUUUCCCGAGAGCAGUGAAGCAACCGACAGGAAAUAUCCGAUGAAACUGUCUUCAAAGUUUUUCCUCGGCAGCGAUACGUUGUACAAGAGGUCAUAUGACUCCGUUCUCCCGAGGUGCGUUGAUGCCAAGGAAGCAAAUCAGUUGAUGACUGAAAUUCAUGAGGCGAGUUCAUAUGCCAAUGUCACGGCGAAGAACGUGGCCGGGUUCUUGCGUCGAGAUAUCUUUGCCCGAUAUGGAGCGCCGGAGGCUAUAAUCAUCGACAACGGUUCAAACCUCAACAACAAGGUGGUUGACGAGGUUCUUGGAAUGGGACAGUUCGUAAAAUCCCAAGAUCCUCCGUUAGCACGGAUCCUCAGAAGAGUGAACACAAAGGGUCAAUUGGUCUUUGCAGCCCAAGUUCAUCUGAUGAGAUGA